AUGAGCAAACUUACACUUGAACAGGCAAAAGUGAAAUGGGAGUACAUUUUUAGGGAUCCUUUGUUGACUUUGACUUCCCUUAGGGAAAAGGGUGUUAAGGGGAACUUUUGUUCAAAUGGCCUUCGAUCUGUCUGUUGGAAGUUAUAUCUUUCUUACCUCCCGAGCGUAGACACUUCAACGUGGUCAUUAACACUUCACAAGGAACGCCAACAUUAUGCUGAUUUGCGACAGAAGUACAUCACAAGUCCUACUUCCGAGUCAGAUGUAGACAACACAAUUGAUUUGAGUGUGAAUCACCCUCUGUCUUUGGAUGAAUCCAAUCCGUGGCAGCAAUAUUAUAAAGACACCGAAUUGCAGAAAAUAAUUCGCCAGGACGUUGAGCGCACCUUUCCAGACAAUGAAUAUUUUCGCUCGCAACAUAUCCAGAACCGCCUUCUAGAUAUCCUUUUCAUCUACUGUAAGAUGAAUCAAGAUGUCUCGUACAGGCAAGGCAUGCAUGAACUCUUAGCACCAAUACUAUGGGUUGUGGACCACGAAAGUCUACCGUCACGCCCGACAUAUUCCGAUGAUUCUGACGAAGAAGAUAUAAUUCGACAGACCCUGAGCAAAGAUUUUGUUGAGCAUGAUACAUUUACUCUAUUUUCUGCCUUAAUGAAAGCUGCUAAAUUGUACUAUGAAUACAACGAGGAGAUUUUUAAUCGAAGACCUGUCAGGAGAGCUGCAGAAUCAGAUCUAGUCUAUGCCAAACAAAUCAAAGAUGCACAGGCCGAGGCGGCCAGGCUAACGCCAGUCGUUACGAAAUGUAACAAAAUUCACGAAGAAUACUUGCAAAAGGUUGAUAAGGAGCUUUACGAUCACUUGACAAAGUUAGAAAUAGAACCGCAGCUUUAUGGAAUACGGUGGAUAAGAUUAUUAUUCGGGCGCGAGUUCCCGUUGGAUCAAGUUCUAGUAUUGUGGGACGGCAUUUUUGCGGAAGAUCCGACUUUGAAAAUCGUUGACUUUAUAUGUGUGGCAAUGAUGAUGCUGAUUCGAGAUGACUUGUUGGCCUCCGACUAUGCAGGUUGCUUGAGCAUGCUGAUGCGUUAUCCGCAAACUCCGGGGAUUGAUUUUCUCGUUGACCAAGCCAAAUAUCUUCUCGAGCAUCUGUCUCCUGAAGGGGGCUAUCAUAUAAUCCGGCAGAACGCAAUCCGAGCAGGCAAGGAUAUAUCUCCAGUAAUCCCGACAGAACAUAGUUCGGCCCGUAGUUCGGUCUCUUCCGGGCCGCUCAUAGAGGGAUUCGUGCCAGAGGGUUUUGUUCACGUAACUAAGAAUGUGUUCGACAAUCGGGCUAUCAACAAGGCUAUUCUCACAGCAGUAGGAGCUGUGGGAGAAGUGAAGAAAAACGUCCUUCGUCGCCCAGAAUCUCACACUCGUUCGGAAAAUGAGAACCGACGACGUACCUCGUCAACGGACUUUCCGACAAAGUACUCGAUAUUCAAUUCUACUCACCAUCAAUCACCGUCGGCAGAUUCUACGCGUUCAGAUUCCCAACUGUCCGAUGAGCUUUCGAAAUUACGGGAACAAAGCCGCCAGAUGGCAAUAAUCAUGCAAAAAAGUGUUGAUAUUCUUGAGCAUGAAAUAUUCGUUCGGGCAAAAAUGAAUGAUAGUAAUAAUGGAGAUGCAGAAAAAACUGAAAAAAGUUCAGAUGGAUCAACCCCCCGUUCGUCUUUUGAAUAUAUUCGACCCAGUAAUAAUGAAGAAUCUGCGACAUCGACACCGGGAGAAGUUUCUAUACUGCAUGCACUAGCAGGACUCAAACACGUGCGAGAUGUUCUGAGUGGUGCCGUAAGAGAAUUUAACCCGAAUGUUUUGGAUGCGUUACACCAUAGCGAUGAUCAUUGGGAAGUGUUAGAUGACCAGGUCAGUGUGGUCAGUGUUGUAAGCAUUGCUGGCGAGGAAGACGAGGCGAAUUCAGUAAAUAAAGAGGUUGCACAACAGAAACAGGAGAAAUUAACAUCUCCAGCUUUUCAACGAACGACUUCAUUGACAGACAAUCUAUCAAAGAGGCCUCUUCGCAAUCCCUCACCGCCUUCACCAGUCAGCUCGCAGCAAUCUUCUGCAGUUUAUUCAGCAACAUCCUCAUAUACUACGAGUACUCCAACAGUUUCAGAUUCAAAGAAUAUAUCUAGUUCAACCACGACAACAUUUACUAGGUCAAUACCGCCAAUUCCUAAACAACGCAUGAAUAUUGAUGACGUUUUUAACGAAAUUGAAAACAGUGAUCCCCAAGGUAGACCGAUCAAACCAAAAGCAACUAUUGCUUCUAGUUCAAAAUAUAGUUGGAUGAUUGAAGAGGACGAUAACUCAUUGUUUAAUCGAAAACGAGGUAGUCUCCCUGCUGAUCGGUUGAGUUUGAACACAUCUAACCUAGACAAUCCAAUCCUUGAGGAAGAUCCUUUCAGUAAUAUGAGUUCGCCAUCUUCUGCACAAAAAAAGACGCGUAGUCCGCUGACGCCGACAAUCCCCGUUGCACCCGUUAUUGCUGAAAAAGAAUCGGGUAGGGUCGAUCCACUUGGAGCUACAGCUUCGAAGGCUACCAAAGUACGAUCAGAAAGUGAUUCAUUAACUAGUCCCCGACCAAAAAGCAUGACUUCUACACCAUAUACAGAAGAUCCAUUGGGAGUUUUGUAA